UUGGUCAGUCGGUAAGUAUGGUUUAGUCCAGAAUAUUGUCCGGUCUCUGGCCCAACCACUUUGGCUGGACAGUACAGAGCGACGGUCUGGCUUCCUGCAGGUCAGCGUUCAAUCCCCGACUAUCCACAAGUGGUUGGGCACCAUUCCCUUCCCUCCGUCCCAUCCCACAUCCUUAUCCUGACCCCCUUCCCAGUGCUAUAGAGUCGUAAUGGCUUGGCGCUUUCCCCUGGGGAAACUAAACUUUUCCAGGGGAGACUAAAUCACUUUCUCCCCCCCCCCUUGUCACCAGGCACCAGCUGGGGGUCGAACCUGGUUAUCUAAUUCACCUUGUCAUCACCAGAUACCAGCUGGAGCAGUACGAAGUGGGCUGCGCCGCAGACUUGUUUACCGGGAUGUGUGCGGGAUCAGCAAGUACCAGCUGGAGCAGUACGAAGUGGGCUGCGCCGCGGACUUGCUGACCGGGAUGUGUGCGGGAUCAGCAAAUGCGUGUUCGCUGAGUGCGAUGGGGCUCUUGGGCACCAGACUACACACGGACUGCGAGUGCAAGAGUGAGGCCGGAGUGCAGGAGAUGAACCAGUGUCUCGCCUGGAGGAGGCUGUUGUGGGGCAACCCUUGUGUAGUGGAGGCGCAGCUGAGCUACCACUUGAAGGUCGAGGAGGACGUGGUGGUGGAGGCUCAGCCUUCUACCUCUCCAGAUGAGGCCUGGAGGGAGAGUGGAGUGCAUGAGUCAGAUGAAUGGGUGACGCAACGGGUGGCCCCCCUACCUGACCGGGGGGCAUAUGACACCGAGGACGAUUUCGAUUCGACAUCAGCCGUCGAACUGAUAGACUUCGACGGGACGCUGGUCCAAGCGCGGCAGGAAGCCAGUACCCCAAGGACCCCCUCUUCCACUCUCCAGUCCACCACAACCACCACAACCACAACCACCACCACAACCAGCACUACAACCACCUCGCUAACCACAAGACUCCCUGAGAGGUACUGUGAGCUGAAGAGGCGGUGGGAGGCCAGACCUCGUAUUAUUGAAGAGCACGAGAGUAUUAGGUUGUACACAGACGGUGAGAAGGAUUGCUCUGAGCUGUGCUUCUGUGAGCGGCAUCUCGAGGCCAAGUGUGAGGUGUUGGAGUGUGUUGAGAACCUGCCCUGUGAGACGGACUACGCUGUUUACAACCACAAGGCCCCAGCCUACCAGGCCUAUCGCGGAGAGUGUAUGUGCUACUCCGGAGACUUUAUCUGCAUGAGACCCCGAGUAGAAGAGUACCAGCUGCCGACGGGACUGUUCCUGCUGGUAGGGUUCAGUAGGACGGAGGAAGACCUUCUGCGGGCGGUAACCCGGGGCGGCGCUGUCGACGCCCUGAUCCCACUCCAGAGGAUCGUCAGUACGAUCUCCUCCGACAUGGGCGAGGAGUGCCGUCUGGAGCUCUACCAACACACAACGGAUAAUUUAGUGCUCCAAGUCCGCCAUUACCAAAUUUCUUCGGGCGUUGGGAACCAUAACUACACCCUAUACAUGUUCCAGGAGGAGAGGACCCGCUGCGAGAAGCCGGUCCAGCUAGUGGCUCAGAUGAUCAACAGACGCGACCCCAAGAUCCACCACGACGUUCGACUCUCACUCUACGUCCUGGCCGAAGUCGUCGACACGGUUCCGAACCCAAAACAGCCGGGAUCAGGCAGGCCCUCGCCCCUGGCCGCGGGCGUGUGGGCAUGUUGGUGGGCGUGGGCCGUGGCUCUAGCCGUGCUGGGGCUUCAAGGAAGCUCCGACAUGGUCUUGGAAACCUUGCACGCUGUCUUCGGCUUCUGGAGUCGAAGUUGAGACGAGGUCUUGGAAACCUUGCAUGCUGCCUUCGGCAUCUGGAGUCGAAGUUGAGUCGAAGUAUUCGAAACCUUGCAUGCUGUCUUCGGCUUCUGGAGUCGAAGUCUCGUUCAGAACGAGAGCAGUGAUUCCAUCGGAGAAAGAAAGAAUUAGUUCGAGACCUCAAAGGCGUUUAACCUUUGACUUUGAAUCAUGCUGUAAAUAUAUUGGGGGUCUAUUCAAGGUGGUCUGUUUAAACCAGCAUGCAAUGAUGAACCGUUUUAUAAUGCUCCGUUGCAGUAUAUGCUGCAUGCUGACCUCGUGUUGAUGGACCUUAGAAAACAAUGUCGUGAAGUGCAAAAACGCGCCAUUUUCAGAAGGUUUAAAACGAGUGUCGUAACAGAAUUUAAAAAGGUGUUCUCCCUACAAGCUAAUGUUGACAUUUUAUCCCAUCAAUGUCACUGGACCUUUUAACACAUGACCUUGGUGACCCCCCAGGGUCACUUAGGGUGACCUAGGGUGACCCAGGGUCACUUAGGGUGACCUAGGGUGACCCAGGGUCACUUAGGGUGACGUAGGGUGACCCAGGGUCACUUAGGGUGACCUAGGGUGAUCCAGGGUCACUUAGGAUGACCUAGGGUGACCCAGGGUCACUUAGGGUGACCCAGGGUCACUUAGGGUGACCCAGGGUCACUUAAGGUGACCCAGGGUCACUUAGGGUGAUCUAGGGUGACCCAGGAGUCUCCUAGGGUGACCCAGGAGUCUCCUAGGGUGACCCAGGGUCUUCUAAGGUGACCCAGGGUGAUCUAGGGUGACCCAGGAGUCUCCUAUGGUGACCCAGGGGGUCUCCUAGGGUGUCCCUGGGUCUCCUAGGGUGACCCAGGAGUCUCCUAGGGUGACCCAGGGACUCCUAGGGUGACCCAGGAGUCUCCUAGGGUGACCCAGGGUCUCCUAGGGUGACCCAGGGUCUCCUAGGGUGACCCAGGAGUCACCUUGGGUGACCCAGGGUCUCCCAGGAUGACUCAGGAGUCUCCUUGGGUGACCCAGGGUCUCCUAGGGUGACCCUGUGUCUCCUAGGGUGACCCAGGAGUCUUCUAGGGUGACCCUGAAUUAUUUGCCAUGCUUGUU